AUGUCGCAUCCGCAUCGGCAGCAUCCGCAACUCACGGUUUUUCCCGCGAUACAAACGUCUCUCGUCGUUUCGAAGAAGAACAAAAUUCGCGCGGGCGUCGCUCUUCCCCAUCUGAACACCAACACCAUCGGUUUGACGCAACGAGAAGAGGAGGAAAAAGAAAACUCACCGAACACGCAGUCGCUGUUGCUGGGGGCGUUUGCUGCGGUCGAACAUAAGGAUGACGAGGACGAGGACGUCGACGAUUUCCUCAAGAAUAAGUACGACGAGGAGGAGGAGGAAGAGGAAGAGGAAGAUACGAACGGAUGCUUCGCGUCGCUCGGAAACUUGGAGGAGGAAGAGGAGGAGGAGUACGAGGCAAGAGGAGGAGAGAAAGAGUCGUCUUUCUUACAGUUUUUGAAAACGAGCGGUUUUGGAAACGUCAGUCCAAUCGCACCUCCUCUAGAUGACAAGUAUAACAACUACGACACGAAGACUGCGCACACGACGUGGUCGUCGGAAUCGAACGACGAGUUUGGGUUUCCUAUAUCGUUGGCCGCGCCGGAGGCGAUGACGAGAGAAAGUUCGAUGAACGAUUUUUCGCAUCUGUUUGGCAAUUACGAAAAGACACACAAAGACGUGCUGGAUGCCAUCGAAAAGGAGCGAAGUGCAAUGGACCAGAUGCAAUUGAUUUUAACGCAACCACCGCAACCACCGCCACAACCAACGUUAGUGCGAACUUUGAACGAUGGAAUAUCGGCGCCGCCCGCGAUGCCGCCGCAGAUGGAAAAUGUCGUCAUGAAAAGAAGACCAGGUCGGCCGAGGAAAUUAUUUCCUUCGAUAAAGAAAAGCAACACACCAAAGAAGAGAAAGAAGAGUAACAAGGACGACGAGGACGGUGAAGUUCUCGUUGAAACUCGAGAGGGAAAUCUUUCGCCGGAUUUGGACGUUCAACUUCUGGCAUCGAGGAACCGCGAAUCUUCGUUAAACGCCGUUAACGACGCCGUUGGUAAUAAUGACAGCAGUAAAAACAACAACAAAAGUGUUUCAAGAGAAUCAAAAAAGUCUGCUCGUUCAACGAGUAAGUUUCGAGGCGUCACGCAUCACUGCCGAACCGGACGGUGGGAAGCGCACAUCUGGCAAGAUGGGAAACAAAUUUACCUCGGCGGUUUCGACGGCGAAGAACAGGCGGCGCUUGCUUACGAUAUUGCAGCGGUUAAAUGUAGAGGAAUUUCUGCGAUUACGAAUUUUGAUAGAUCGAAUUAUUCUCGAGAACUCGCGAGUUUGCAGCAGGUGAACGAAAGAGAGCUCAUACUUUCUCUUCGUCGCCAAUCGAAAGGCCCCGGUGGAGUGACGAAAAAAUCUUCCAGCAAGUUCCGAGGAGUUACAAAACAUCAGAAAGGAAAAUGGGAAGCACGAAUCGGUCAAUUAGUCGGUAAGAAAUAUAAAUAUCUCGGUUUGCACGAAACCGAGGAUGCCGCUGCCAUGGCAUACGACGAAGAAGCCGUUCGUUUGAAAGGUUUUGACGCUGUGACAAAUUUCGAUAUUAGCGAGUACGCGGACGUGUUAGCCGAGCACCAUACGAAUAAGAUGAAAGAAGCUGUCGCUUUGAAAGAGAAGUACGCGGCCAGAUGUACCGCAGUAAGCGUACCUAUGGGGUCGUUAAACCCUUCUCCUCACGAGCUUCCAAACACCUCCGAGCGAAGAGUGACGACGAGAUCAUCUGCAGCUACCACGAAUACGGUACAAAAACGAAGGACGACGACGACGACGAUCGCGAGCAACACGAAGAAACAAAGAGAACUCGUACCGCACGUGCUUGGUCCUGCGGCGGCGACGACGCCAAGUACAAACGCUUUAAACGCGGUGAAGUUCUUUUUCAACAACAGUAAACCACAAACGCGGGAAGAAAAAGAAGAUGAAGACGAAGAUGAAAAAUAUAAUCAAGACGAAGAAGUCGAUGAAGACGACGCUUUCGAAUACGGGACAACGGAUAAUAUGCAUCAAAGCCGAGAUAUGUGA